AUGCGAGAAAGUCACGAGGGCCAAGGUCCAACAUGGACACGGAAGGGUCGAGAGCAAAGUAGUGUCAGUGUCGUGGUCCUGGAGUCUCGCUCUUCUCUUACGGCAAUAAGCCACGCAUUUACUCUUCUCUUGCUAGGAUUACAAGAAGAGGUAGAAUAUUGUCCUCUCAAAGAGGCAGUUGUGGAAGGAGAGCAACAAGGACCUGACACUGCCCAAAAUGACACGCCUCAAUCAAAUGAAGCACCAGGGUUGGAUGAACCCAUUUUCGAAGAUGACCAGAUUUCCGAAACUGGUAAUGGCGACGAAUUAAAUGCAGGUAGAUUCAAUCUCUCUUUUCAUGCGUCUUGA